UCGCUUACAGAACUACUCUCUCCGCGAAACCCUCGCAUGUCCCUCCUCUUCUCUCCGUUUCGUCGAAGGUCGUCGAAAACCAUCGCCUUCGUCCCCGAGCCCAUUCGAUAGUCGCAAUUGGAGCAAAAGCAACAACGGGUUCGCGGCUUCCAGAGAUCCGAAACUUCCAUUUUUCUCCUCCCUCCGCUCCUCUCCUACCCGAAACCAUCGAGGAAGUGAUAUUCAACAAUGUCUUCAAAAAAGCAUUACAAGGAAAAAGUUUCACGAAAGAAAGAGGAAAAGCAAGAACUACCUGAGGCACCAAAAUAUCGAGAUCGUGCUAAGGAACGCAGAGAAGAUCAAAAUCCUGAUUAUGAGCCCACGGAGUUGGGUUCAUUUCAUGCCGUAGCUCCUCCUGGGACAGUUGAUUUAAGAGUUGCUGAUGCACAUAAGAUAUCUAUUGAGAAUAGCAAGUAUCUUGGAGGAGACAUUGAACACACUCAUUUGGUCAAAGGCUUGGAUUAUGCUUUACUUAACAAAGUUAGGAGUGAAAUGGACAAGAAAGCAGAUGAUGAAGAUGGAAAUGAUGGCAAUUCAAGAGUAUCUAAAGAUGAUCAGCCAGUUACUUUUCGUACAGCAACUGCUAAGUCAGUAUACCAGUGGAUUGUAAAGCCACAAACCAUAAACAAAGCAAAUGAGAUGUUCCUUCCAGGCCGGAUGACUUUUAUUUACAAUAUGGAAGAUAACUUUCAUGAUAUACCUACUACUCUGCACAGAAGUAAAGCUGACUGUCCAGUUCCUGAGGAAAUGGUUACUGUUAGCGUGGAUAGUUCUGUCCUUGAGCGAAUUUCUAAAAUCAUGUCUUAUCUCCGUCUUGGCUCGUCAGGAAAGGUUCUGAAGAAAAAGAAGAAAGAUAAGGAAAUGAAAGGAGAUGAGAAACCUAUUCAAUCUAAUGGUGCUGUCUCAAAGCAUCAUCCUGGGAAGGAAUCCCUUCCUCUCCCUCCUCCCCGCCAUGUUAAUGCAAAAGAAAAGCAACCCCCUACUAUUGCAAGAGUAGAGGAAGAUGAUAUAUUUGUUGGGGAUGGCAUCGACUAUAGUGUUCCUAGCAAAGACAUUAGCCAUAGUCCUGUUUCGGAGGACAUGGUGGAGUCUCCACGGAAUCGGGAGAGGCAACCUUAUUUUAAUGAGCCUGUUUAUGGUCCUGUCCCACCUUCUGAAUCUGCUCAAGCUUGGCAACAAAUGAAUGGAUAUGAUGUCAUGCAGGCUCCAAUGGUGGCUGCUAAUUAUCCAGAAGAUUGGCAUAAUUAUCAGUAUGCUGAGCAAUUGGCUUAUUCUGAACAUUAUCUUCAGCAGAAUGCUCAGGCAUAUGACGCACUUGCAGGAACACAGUUACUGCAGGAUCCACGUUUUAUGACCCAAGAAGAUAAGGACCGAGGACUGGGAUCCGUUUUCAAGCGUGAUGACCAGAGGCUUCAACAGCUGAGAGAAAAGGACGCUAGAGAGAAAGACCCAAAUUUUAUAUCUGAAAGUUACUCCGAGUGCUAUCCUGGAUAUCAGGAAUACCACCGUGAGGUUGUGGAUAGUGAUGAUGAAGAUGACUUGUCAAAAAUGGACAUGGGUGGCCGGGCCAAGGGACGUCUUCAUCGAUGGGAUUUUGAGACAGAAGAGGAGUGGGCUAAGUACAAUGAACAGAAGGAAGCCAUGCCCAAGGCAGCCUUCCAAUUUGGAGUGAAGAUGCAGGAUGGAAGGAAGACGAGGAAGCAGAAUAAGGAUCAGAAGCUCAAUAACGAGCUGCAUAAAAUCAACAAAAUUCUUGCGCGGAAGAAGGCAGAUGAGGUUCAGGACGAUGGCAAACAUUUUGAUGAUGAUGAUGACGAUGUGCAGCCGGGUAAGAAGCUCAGGAUUUGAAUUAUAUAUUGUGCUGAGUAAAAGUUCCAAGUGAAAAUAGAGGGCAUUUGUAAUUAUUCUUGUGUGAUCUUCGGUGCAGUUUAUGCCUCUAAAAGUUGUUUGCAUAAAUUCUCAUUAUGUAAGAUGUAGCAUAACAAAAGGCUGUCCUGCCAGCUGCAAUAUGAGUGCCUCAAUUUCUCAUCUU